AACAUGCAAAAAUCCUAUGAUAAAAACUGGGAGAAAUGGGAAAAGUUUCGAGAGAAGAAAAUGGAAAUGAUGAAGGUUCAUAAAUAUAAUGUAGAGCAACGCCUAAGACACGAAAAUCAAGAUCGAGUGUUCUACAGGCAUCAUUUUAAUUACCAUCCCGUGAAAAGACCCAAACGAAAGACAUCUCUGGAUCCAAACUGGUACACUGACAACAUUUAUUCCAACCAAUCGAUUGACAACUCGGAUGGAGAGCCAGCAUUAGCGAUAGUGAAUAGUUAUCAGCCUAGAAAACCUCACACUGCAUAUAGGGAUAUAAACGGUAAUCUGGACGAUGAGCUUGACGAAAUCUUCACUGUAGGUGCACAAUUCGAACGGGCCAACAAUUAUCCGAAAUCAAACAGUUGUUGCUUUGGUGGUAGUAGUAGCAUAAUGGCCAAUAAUGUUAGACAUAGGAUCCCCAAAUCACACUCCUUUAGCACCUCAAGAAGUAUGGGCACGGGGUUCAAUAUGAGUAAAACGUACAACCGUAACAGUUUCGAGAUGGCUGAAUUCCCUGGACAUGCUCUCUCCGAUUCUGGUCGAUUAAAUUAUUAUAAUGGCAUAAAACCGAUAGGUAUGCGUAUAUGUGAUCGUGAAGGUUGCUUCAACGAAACGUGCUUUAGUAAAGAUACUAAGAAUAUCCACAAUAACAAUAAUAACCUAAUGAACGAAUGGAAUCAACGUAAUCGCAACAAUAUGAGAAGGCGCGUAGCAAGUACUAGGUCGCAACAUGUGAUGGAAGAGGAUUUUGACCUAUUUGAGGAUGAAGAGGAGGAGAUUGAUCUUAAUAUGUAUAACGACGACAAUUCUGUUGUGUUUGACGACUUCGAUGACCAUGACUAUUACGGAGCGGGACACACGACAGGCGAUUUCGAUGAAUUUUACCGACACGAGCGUUCCAAACAGGUACUGCGUGGCAAAUUUGACAGGCUCAGCAAAUAUACCGACGACUUCACCGACGACUAUCACAAAUCAUUCGAGGACAUUUUCAAUCGAAAUUGCUACAUUGAUCAACAGUACCAGGUAAAGGGCAAUAAUUUUUUCUCUAAACCUCAUAUUGCUAAGAAUAAAAGCAUGCUGGAAGUUAAACCACCGAAUAAGUAUGACGAUACGUCAUCCGAUUCAACCGAUUUGGAGUUAGAUGACUUUAAUUUUGAUUUUGAAAAAUACUGGGAGGAGUUGGAAAAACCGUCACCCACUUCACCGAGUGAAUUAACGGAAAAGUAUCCACCGGGCGCACUGAAGAAGGUGAAAAACGUUAACAUUAACCGAUACAACAACGGAACUGUGAUAGACAUCUAUCAUGAUGAUGAUCCGUAUCACUCCGAUCACUAUCACUACCGGGAGGGAAAUGAGAAGAACAACAACAUCGUUGAUACGUUUUCACCACCAUCGAUAACAAAAUUUCGUAGGAAAGUUUACCCGGAAAGAAACAAUGUUGAAAACGGUAUCAGUAAACAUCCCAGUAGUAAAAGAAACAACAUCAGUCACAACAGCAACGCAAUUAGCUUCCUUAACAAUAUAUUUUCCAUCUACAAGCCGAGCAAGUAUUCCCCACUCAAUUGUCACGUAGAGCAAAAUUAUCUUAAAAAUAUUCCGGCAAAGAAAAUGAACAUUACGAGCGCAGCCAGACCCCUUGGAGCUCCACGUAGUGAAUCGGAAAAUUCGGCCAAAAGACCCCUAACAGUCCAUCCAUCCAAACAGUACUCACAGCGCUCCUUCCAUGGACAACGUAGCCAGAAGGAUCCACAAGCCAAAUUUCAGAUCAUUCCGGAUAAAACUGGUCUCAAAAUAUCACCCCUAUAUGCGUCCAGUAUCGACUAUCGAAAAGCAAGAUAUAAAUUAAAAAGUACCUCUCGCCCCUUAUCCUUCUGGUGAUAGUUGCUCGACUGUUCGUAUUAUUCGGAUGGCCGACUGGAUGGUCUACCCGUGAUCAAAAAGACACGCAGAACCAAGUAUCUGAAGUACUGAACAUUUCAUCAAUCAGAGUGUAAAAAAUCAAUUCAUCAUUGAUCUACAAUUCAAUUCAAAUCUGUUUCAUCAAGCACACUAAAAAAAUCGAUCAAAUGUUGUACAAAUUGCACAUCACAAUUCCAAUUCAACUUUCUACGCAUUUUAUCUUUCAUAGUGAAAUUUGAAGUUAAGAACCACAAACCACCAACCAAAGUGUACAUCCUUAAUUGUAAAUAUCCAUUCCCAUGAAAUGUUCAAAUGCAACUUUCUAAAAUCUUUUUAUAUGAUCAAACCUUACAGAAACCACCAUCAACUCACAUAAAUAUUUUAUAUAGACGAGUUUACCGAUUUUAUCGAUAGAUGUUCUAGAAACCGAUUAACGAAUCAUUCCAUAUCCCGGUCCAGUUAGUUGAUUCACUCCGAAACUGUUUGAUACAAACAUUGACUCGAAUCUGGUGCACGCAAAGAGAUACUAAUAGUUUAACAUAAACACUAUGUUGCUGAUUUUGUUACCCGUACCAACACUUCCAGGUAAAUUUACAAAUUCUAUACUCUGUUGAUGGUACGCGAUAUAGGUUUUGUACUCUGAACUCGAUGGAAAAUUAACACGGAAAGAACCAUGUUGGCGUUGAAAGUCGGAAUAAUGCGAACGCGAACCGUUCGUCACUUCAACCCAUCAAUGGUUGUGUGUUAUUUUAAGCCACUAAUACACACCACCGGCAAGGAAGAUUUUCUACAAGAACAUUUUUUUUGUGAUUAUAUCGCCCACAGAGCAUUACACUGUGACAUAAAAUAACGUAUAACCAUAGCUGGGUAUUUUUUCUGAAGCAGAAGGAAUUGAUUUUGGAACUAAUAUUUCCUCCACAUUUCCGUUCGGUAUCCAUCGUGUAUCGAAACCUUGACUGAAAAACUUUUUGGAAUUUCUAGAAGAACGCUUAAAAAAUCCGCACAACUCACCUGCUUUGUUUAUUGAACGUUCAUGUGGAGGAAAUUCAAGUUAGAACAAAAACGUCACGCCUUACUUAGGACGCAUAGCUGCUUUAUUUUUUAACGAGCAACUAAAUGCAGGUUGCUGUAGAUGGCAAAUCAAUGCUUAAGAAAGAAAUGAGUGCAUCCAGAUUGUUUAAGAAUUAAUUUGAGCUUCCCAAAUACGACCCUUGGUAAUUGUAUCUACAAUUCAUGCAUUUGAAACUGUCGAAAAUUGUUUCUCAUGUGAUGCCAAUAAACAGCGUUUUUCCGAUGUUUAAUUACACAAUUUCGACUUUAUGUUUUAAUUGGACAUCAAAAACACUUUCAGAAGUGGAUGUUUUUAUAGAAAGUUUCAGGAUAAUCUUGAAAUUUUUCUUCAGCAAAUUAAAUAAUUUGCAUUCAUACUAGAUUACACAUACAUAAUAGCAUAUAGUAGUGAAGGUUGUAGUACUUUGAUAUUAGUUGAGCGAUUUGAGACUUGUUGACAUUUUUAGCGUCAUUUUAUUCCCAACUGUUUUCUUGAUAACUGAAAUUGAAUUUUCUUAGUAGAAUUGAACAUAUCCCUCACAGCUUUAUUGUUUAAAUAGCUUAGAUAAAUAGGAGAAACCCAUACUUCAAACAGAUUUUUUUUUUCUAAAACUGAUGACUGCAAUAAAAAAAAACGAGUCGAUUGCGCUAAGUGUCAUUGGCCGGAGCAAUUUGAAACUCCGUUUUAAACAAAUAUUCCAACUAUUGGCACUGAGUGCUGAUUAUUUGAGCAAUUCAUUUACAUGUCAACCAUUGUGGUCGAGAAUUCAAAAUCAUGUCCAGGUUGCAAAGGGACCUUAUUUCCAGAAUGAUCACCUUAUAAAACAGAACUUUCUUAUCUCUCUAAUUGUUUUGAAGGGCUAUCGACGAUACAUUUGCCCUACGCCUCUAUAGUGGUCCUAUUUUAUAAGAUUAUCUAGACGAUGCUAAUGGUCAUUGCUGAAAAUACACUGGUAAAUGAACAGUUAAUUUUUAAAAUUUGAAGAAAAUACUAAUCUGAAAGCACUACAUAUCUCAAUUUUCAAAUCAAGUACUACAACCUUUCGACAAAGUGUAGCAAUUUGCAUGAAAACAUGACGGAACAAGAUUUCGGUAGCUGUAGCAUGGAGUUGUUGGUGUCUAGUAAUCUGUAGAACUCACGAAUAGCACUACUAUAAACGUAUUUCACUCGCUGACAGAGCUUAAUCUUUUUAGAAAACUAGUUCGGAAACACAGAUAGAGUGCUCAAUCAGUAAUACAUUGUAACAAUAACGCAAUUCUCCUCAGGCGUGUUAAGCCAGAACAGACGAGUCGGCAAGUUUUAUGAAACGGGAGUUAGAUCAUUUGUUGACAUUUCUCUGUAAAGUUGCAUUUCUUCGUUACAAUCCUACAGACAUAACCUAUCGACGGAAAAACAAAGAACAAUUAUCACGAUUUACAACUACCCACGAAUAGAUCAUAAUUUAAACAUGAUAUAGGUAUGUAUUAAGUAAAAAAUGAGAUACAUUAGCUUAAUGAUUACACUUUAACAGAGAUUUUAUAUAGUAAAUUAUUCAAAUGAAACAAAGAAAAUGCCCGGAUCUUAUGAAAAUCGUAAUAGUAAUAAUUUACUGAUCGUUUCCAGAAAGGAUUCAAAGUUUGAAUACAAUGUUUUCAUGCUGUCCGUGGAUAGACAGUUUUAAUUUAUAUAACACGUUUGUUUAACUCUAUGCUUACUCUAUUUAUUGCAUUUUUAAGAGGUUAAAAUUAAUUAAAUUUCAUCACUUUUCUUAUACGAAGAUCAAAUCUUAACGAGCAUAGCAUGCAAAACAAAAAAACAUAUCAAGAUGCUUCUGAUUUAUUCACAUACAAUUCCUUGCGAUAUUCCCAUGGGAAGUGCAUGAACACGACUGGGCCUAUUUUGAUCAGACGCAAAAGUUAAAUAACAAUAUUGUCAAACAGUGCAAAUUAUUUACCGAUAAUUUGUGAGUUUAAAUAAUAUAUUAAUGCACCUUGUGGAUGUUAUGUGAUGUAUUGGGAAAAAUGUUCAUGUUUUACGUAAUGUAUAAUUGUUGAAACGACGUUUGAACAAGUGUCAGGAGAUUCUCGUUCAUCCAUCCGUAAGUUUCAACUGAUUCAUAGUUUCACGAAAUUGCACCAUUCAUGAUUGAAACUAAUAGAAAGAUGAGCGCCAGGAGACAUUUCCACUAAACUAAUGGAGGAGAAAAGUGGAUUGAAGACUAAUUCAUACAGUAAGAUACACUAACACCUAUGGAUAAUGUAGUGAUAAAAUGAUGUUACAGUGCACCUAAAGAUUAAACGACACAUUAUCAUUGACCAGAUCAAAAACACAAACAAACCAAUUUUAGAAGUAUUUUCCCUCGCCGCACUUAUUACAAAAGCAUUUAAACUCGACUUUAGGAAUCACCAAGUACAUUCAUGAACACGGUCAGCUUCUCUGAAGAAAACUUUGACAGCAUAAACAUAACGAAACUAAAGCUCUCAACUCUAGGAACCCCUUUUAUCAGCAUUCUGAUUUUUAUACAAAGCAUACAUGAAGAAAAACAGAGGAUUUUUGAAUUGAAUAUUUUACAUUUUUUAAAAAUACAAGGUUUGAAAACAAAAUUUUCCGAUGCGAGUCAGUUGCUGGCUCCGUAUUCUUAAGAAAUCAAUGAAUGUCUGUUUCUUUCGAAAAUGCCAUGUAUUUUUUGUGCAACCAAAUCGUGUAGGGAAUAUAAUAGACGUGUGCGUGGAUACCUAUUGAAAGUGAACAAAAUAAACACAUACACAUACACUGCAUUGAGCAACAGCUUCACAGAAUGAUACCUAAUUUAGGGAAUAGUGAGAAUAUUCGAUACAAUAAAAUGAUAAAAAAUGAAUAAAAACGUGAUCAACAUGUUCGUAACGUUAGAGAGUAAUGUGAAAAAGAGACAAAUGUUACACAACCAAAUACAAUAGCAUACAAAUAGUGUAACAGGAGAAUGUGACAUGUAGUCGAUAAAAUAGCUUACAAACACACAAACACAUACACUCACACACCCCAUAGAGUUAACCCAUUUUUCCACAGAGACGAGCUGUGCGUAUUUUGACCGAGGCGAAAUAAACGAUCUGAUGGAAAGAAAUUUAAG